GAAAUGAGCAGGUUUGCCGAGAAACCGCUGGCCUGAAAUCCAAGACUGAGGCAGUGUUGCUUGUGAGGCUCGGGCGGAGACCAUGGCCCAUGGCAUUGACGAGCUCAUCGGCAUCCCCUUCCCCAACCACAGCAGCGAGGUGCUGGGCAGCCUCAACCAGCAGCGGCAGGACGGGCUGCUGUGCGACGUGCUGCUGGUGGCGCAGGAGCAGGAGUACCGCACGCACCGCGCCGUGCUGGCCGCCUGCAGCAAGUACUUCCAGAAGCUCUUCACGGCCGGGACCCUGGCCAGCCAGCCCCACGUCUACGAGAUCGACUUCGUGCAGCCCGAGGCGCUGGCCGCCAUCCUGGAGUUCGCCUACACCUCCACGCUCACCAUCACCGCGGCCAACGUGCAGCACAUCCUGAACGCCGCCCGGCUGCUGGAGAUCCCGUGCGUCGUGAACGUGUGCCUGGAGAUCAUGGCGCCCGGCGGGGCCGGCGGCGCCGAGGACAAGGAGGACGAGGAGGAGGAGGAAGAGGAGGAGGAGGAGGAAGAGGAGGAGGAGGACGACGACGACGACGACGACACGGAAGACUUCGCAGACCAAGAGAACCUGCCGGACGCCCAGGACAUCAACUGCCACCAAAGCCCUUCCAAGACGGACCACCUCGCGGAGAAGGCCUUCGCCGACGCCCCCCGGGACUUCCCUGGCCCCUUCCCGGCGGGCAGCCCCGACCACCUGGGGGUCAUCCGGGACUUCUCCAUCGAGUCCCUGCUGAGGGAGAACCUGUACCCCAAAGCGAGCAUCCCCGACGGGCGGCCCUCCCUCUCGCCGUUCGCCCCGGACUUCUUCCCACACCUCUGGCCCGGGGACUUCGGUGCCUUGGCCCAGCUGCCCGAGCAGCCCCUGGACGGCGGGCCCCUGGACCUGGUCAUCAAGAACCGGAAGAUCAAAGAGGAGGAGAAGGAGGAGCUGCCCCCGGCCCCGCCCCCGCCCUUCCCCAGCGACUUCUUCAAAGACAUGUUCCCCGACCUUCCCACGGGCCCGCUGGGCCCCAUCAAGGCGGAGAACGACUAUGGUGCCUAUCUCAACUUCCUGAGUGCCACCCACCUGGGCGGGCUCUUCCCGCCCUGGCCGCUGGGGGAGGAGCGCAAGCUGAAGCCCAAGGCCUCCCAGCAGUGCCCCAUCUGCCACAAAGUCAUCAUGGGGGCAGGGAAGCUGCCGCGGCACAUGAGGACGCACACUGGGGAGAAGCCAUACAUGUGCAACAUCUGCGAGGUCCGCUUCACCAGGCAGGACAAGCUGAAGAUCCACAUGCGGAAACACACGGGAGAGCGGCCCUACCUGUGCAUCCACUGCAACGCCAAGUUCGUGCACAACUACGACCUCAAGAACCACAUGCGCAUCCACACGGGCGUGCGGCCCUACCAGUGCGAGUUCUGCUACAAGAGCUUCACGCGCUCCGACCACCUGCACCGCCACAUCAAGCGCCAGAGCUGCCGCAUGGCGCGGCCCCGGCGCGGCCGCAAGCCAGCCGCCUGGAGGGCUGCCAGCCUGCUCUUUGGGCCCGGCGGCCCGGCCCCCGACAAGGCGGCCUUCGUCAUGCCCCCAGCGCUAGGCGACGUGGGCGGCCACCUGGGAGGCAGCGCCAUGUGCCUGCCUGGCCCCAGCCCGGCUAAGCACUUCCUGACGGCGCCCAAGGGCGCCCUGAGCCUGCAAGAGCUGGAGCGGCAGUUCGAGGAGACCCAGAUGAAGCUGUUGGGGCGCGCGCAGCUGGAGGCCGAGAGGAAUGCGGGGGGCCUCCUGGCCUUCGCGCUGGCCGAAAACGUGGCCGCAGCCACGCGACCCUACUUCCCGCUGCCCGACCCCUGGGCUGCGGGCCUGGCAGGCCUCCCAGGGCUGGCCGGCCUCAACCAUGUGGCCUCCAUGUCUGAAGCCAACAACUAGGCCAGGCUGGGCCCGCCCUCGCCCCCAACCUGGGCCUAACCAAGGCCCACCGGAGGGUGCGAACUGUCCGUUUCAGUAACAAAAGGGGACCCAGUGCAGAGCUGAGUGGCUGCAACAGUUUCCCCCUCCCCUCCUGCCCCUGGUCCAGGAGUCCCGUCCACAGAGCAGAGGCCAAGAGCAGGGUGGGGGCUGGGGCCCUGGAGGGGCAGGAGUUAGUGAGCGGGGCUUCCUGGUGGAGCACCACUGCCCCUUGGGAAGCCCCUCCCACACUGCUCUUAACUGCGCUAGUUUCUAGUAGGGGCCCCGGAUCCUUUGGGGAAAUGCCCACCCCACCCCUCACCCUGUCCUCUGCCCGUGACCCACCACGCCGCCCUCUGUGCCUCGGUUUCAUCCUGCUGGGAAAGGGGACAUACGCGCACAAACACACAUACGCACACCCCUCGCCAAAGCAAGUUCUCAGGAGGGGAGCAGCUUGGCACUCCAGAAGCCGCUAGUGACCACCUGUCUCUGUCACCAUGCCCGUGCACUUGUACAUUAGCCGCUUUAAGAAACGUGGCCAAACUAGAUGGAGAGGACCCAAGAGACAAGGGUGGGGAUCCCAACCACCCACUUUCCCAGCAGGCCACGGUGUGUGUCUGCAAGCCUGGGGAACACCCUCCGGGGGUCUGCCCCACCUCUAUACACGGAGUCUCUUGGGACUCCAGGGGCCCCGACCUCACGUAGCACUGCCUCCCUCCACCCUGAUUCCUGAACAGCUGACCAAACACCUGGCUCCCCAGGAUUUUCUUCUGUUUGCGUUUCCGGUUGUAGCUUUCUCGGGGCCUUGGCAGCAGAGGCCUCUCUACGGAAACAGCACCCGUGGUAAUUCUUUCAGCCUGCUAAAGGAUCACCCCAGUGGGCCUUGGAAACGGGGAUGGCAAAUUCUAAACUGCUCACUGGCGCCUCCCUGAGGUGGCCCCCAAGGCCUGCACCAUACCCGCCCUAGGUAGGCCUCUGCUUGGCAUCGCUGGCCGUUGCCCCCUUUUUGUGUUUGAACACCCUCUCCCCCUGGGAUGCGCAAGGGGCACUUAGCUCCACGUUUGGCUAGGGGGCUUUGCGCACGAUGGCCCAAGCUUUGGGCUGCAGUGCGUAGUAGGAAGGGCUUAGUGGAUAGUUAGCCAACUCCGCAGCCUCUGCCUUCCUGCCCCCACUCCCUUUCCCUCCCUUCUCGCCUUCCUGUGGCCCAGUUCCCCGGUGGUGAGGAGGGUUUGUGCUAAAGUCCAUCCACACGGGUGUCCCCACCGCAGAACCUCCUGCUCUUCUUGUUGCCUUGGCUUUUUAACUGAAGAAGAAGGAAAAGUACAGAACAAAAAGGCCUGAGAAGACCACAGACUCUCUUCCUCUCUCCGCUCCCCGGAGCAGAUCCCUGGCCACUCGGUGCGGGCCCACCUGAUGAUGCCCUUCCAGUCAGGCGGACCUGCUCUGCGUGCAAGGCAUCUGCCUCUCCAGUUGCACUUCAGACACUUGCUUCUGGGACCCACCGUCGCUCAUACCCCCCUCCCUACUCCAGAAUUUAAAGGGGUGGGGGGGUGGAACAAAUUGGAAUCCAUCGGUAUUGGGGCUUUUGUUUUCUUUUGUAAAGGUUAUGACUUCUUAUAAACUCAAAUUUUCAGAUGA